UUCGCUUUGCACAUAUUUCUCUUUGGAGAAGGCGUAUAGUGUAGUGUAUUUAAAUAUUUUUCAGCGAUACGUUUUUCUAUCUUUUUGUCAUAAGCAAGGAUCCAAGUGAAUAUAUCUUUUCACUUGCUCUGCUUUCAGGUAAAAGCAACAACAUAAAGUUGCAUAUGAGCGCCAGGACAAGGAGUAUGAUGUACCUUAUCUGGAAGUGUGAGUGUAUAAACCAUGGCUGCAACACUGGAUCCACAUGACAGAUCAAGCUGGUACUUUGGUCAGAUGUCGCGCCAGGACGCCACCGACCUGCUCAUGUCCGAGCGAGAGGGGGGCGUGUUCCUCGUCAGAGACUCCACCAGCAUCCAGGGAGACUAUGUGCUCUGUGUCCGCGAGGAUAACAAGGUCUCACACUACAUCAUCAACAAGAUGCAGAAGGACGACCAGGUCCAGUACCGGAUCGGCGACCAAAAGUUCCCCGACCUGGCCAGUCUGCUGGCCUUUUACAAGUGUCACUACCUGGACACCACGCCACUGGUGCGGCCGGCGCCCAAACGGAUAGAGAAGGUCACCGCCAAGUACGACUUCGAGGGACGGGACGCGGAGGACCUGCCCUUCAAGAGGGGUGAGGUGCUAACCAUCAUCUCCAAGGACGAGGAGCAGUGGUGGACGGCGCGCAACAGCGUCGGAAACACCGGCUCCAUCCCCGUGCCCUACGUACAGAAGUACGAGGAGACGCCGUCGGUGGCGCCGGGCGCGCCCAGCGGCGCCAGUCCGGCCGCCAAGGACGCAGCCGCCAAGCCCAAAGUCAACCUACAGCGCCAGCUUCCAGCCGACGCUCGGGUCAACAAGGCGCGCGUUCCAAACGCCUACGACAAGACGGCGCUCAAACUCGAGGUCGGUGACAUUAUCAAAGUGACAAAGAUGAACAUCAAUGGACAAUGGGAGGGGGAGCUGAACGGUAAACACGGCCACUUUCCGUUCACACACGUAGAUUUUGUGCAGGAUCUACAGGAGGGUGACGCGCGCUAGUGACAUUGCCGUUUCGUGGGGGAGAGACGUUGGUUCUCGGCGCCGCCGCAGAGUGUCGCUGCAGUCGCACACAGUCCGCUGGGCGGCGGUAUCCUGCCGACCGCCGGACGGCCCGGAGAGGCGGGCGGCCCGAGUGGCCGCGCCGCCACCGCCGCUGCCGGGCGGAACUCGAAGAGGACGGCGCUUCCUGUGUUAGACAGUCCGCUUUUACUAAUUGUGGACGGGUGUGUCGGCCAGCCGUCCGGUCCUGUGUUCAGGAGAGAGGCACCUGUCCCGCAGCGGUGCCUUACCAGAGCUUUUAGGAAGCAACCAUCUCUCUUCCUGCCUGCCAAACGUCGCUCGAUUUUCUGGUAGGCAGUGUGUACCCAAUAUUUUAUCCCUUUUCAAUCAGGUGAUUGUGUAAAGCGUGUUGUUUAUUUUGUCAUUGCUCGUGUAGCCGUUACGAUGGUGGGCGGUCGGCAGUGACGGGCCGGCGAGUUGUUUUGUGCUGGUGCGCGUCCGUGGGCCGAAGCUGCCGCGGCGCUCGUCAGGGGUGCGGGGCGGCCAGCCAGGCCGGCUCCGGUCGAUUUUUGUAUGCUGUCUGCGCGCCAGCGCCGGUCGAGUUGUGGAAUAAUACUGUGCUGCAUCCUAGA